AAAAGAUGUGUCGAUUUAAUCCGAUACUGACUUGAAGCCGCCAUCUUGAAUGUACUUCUGCAGGCCCAGACCGGAAGCUGGCAAGCCUCAACGCUGAUUGGCUCCUUGCAAAAUUUUGCGCGAAAUCCGAAAAAUUUUCCCGGCAAAAUCGUGUUUGUUUACAUUGAAUAAACACGUGGAAAUCAAAUGAAAGCCAUAUGCUUGGAAAAUGUUGUUUAACUUCUUACUUUAAAGGUAAAUGGCACACGUUGUUUUGUAUUUUUAUACUUUUUAAUAAAACCUGUAUAAUAUGAGGUUUUUAUUUGUUGUAACUGGUCAGUAGAAAAAAUCUACUGAGAAUAUAUAUUGAAUAAAUUACCUUGAGUAUGUACAUGUGUGUUCAAAUAGCUUAAACACUGUUAUGUGUAUGUUUGCAUCGCAAAAAUCCUUUAUGCCGUUACAAACAGUUAAUAUAUAGAUAAAUAUUUUGUAUGUUUCUAAGUAAAGUACAUAGUGUUAUGUGUUGGGUUAUUUAGAGUUCCAUCUUCCUCGAUGAGUUUUAUAUCAAGUUCUGUAUCGACCAUAAUACAAUCUGUUGUAAUGUAGUUGCAAUCUGUAAGUGAUGUAGACUUCCUGUUUGCAUUUUCAUCCUUAUUUUGAGUCUUGCGACGACUACCUUUAAAAUCUUCAAAGGUCUUUACAUCUGCAGUUGGAGAAGCAGUGGGUGUUAUCAGUAAACUUAAACCUAAAUCUUCGGGCACUGUUGGCGUCAGCAUGUUUUUUUCUUGCUUUGAUGUACUGGUGUUCUUCGGACUAACAGAAGGAUGUCUUUUGCUCUAAAAAUGAAGGUUUGAUUUAGUGUAAAAAAAUACAUAUGCAUUUAUUCUACUUUCCCUAAUUUACCUUUGCACAUAAAAUAAAGGCAACUUACAGUAUAUUUUGGGGACUUCAAACUCCUUUUGUCCACACAUUUAUUGGAAAAAGACCUCUAAAUAAAUAAAAAGCGAAAUUAAAUGCAAGCAAAGUGACCAUCUAAAUACUAUAAAUAAUUCAGGUAAACACACAAUAACAACAACGUGCUUGACACCCAAAUAUUUGCUUAAUCAAUGCUUGAAUUUCAAAACCUUUUAAAGCCAUUUACCGCUUUCAUCUUAUCGAAAUCCAAUGCUGGUCUUGGAAUAUCUAUUUCGGAUAGCCUUCUUUUUAAACCCGAAUUUGAGAUAUGUGAAAACGACGGAUGCGAGUGACUUCGUCUAGGCAUCGUGGAAGACAGGUUACCACACUCGCCGCUUUGCCCGAAACUUACAACCGUUUCCAAUUGGUUGAUAUCCCUUUCCUCGCUUAUAAGUCGUAAUGGAAAGAACUUUGAGUCUUCCAGAGUAGAAUUAGCUGAUACAGGUCGGGGUAUAGGCGAUUCUGGGGGUGUAGACCAGCUGAAUGUCUCCCUGCUGCCAAAUUCUAACGAUCUAGCACCUGAGACCUUCGUACGGUCACUUCUCUUAGGUUUGACCGGUGUCCAUAUAGACGAAGGCUCUGGAUUCCAACUUUCUUUGCCUUCGUAGUCUUUAUACGGGUCAGAAAGCGAACGGCAUAAUCGUUUUUUCGCGGGUGGGUAGCUGUGACAUCUUGUAGUCACAAACGAUGAAGUAAGCUCUCCCAGUUUGCUGCCAUCUUGCAUGCAAGGCUUGCAUACGUCGUUUGUCGUAGUACGAUUUGUCAAUGUCCUCCUCUGCUGUAGUCUCGAAGUCCUUCGCACGGCGUCUAAACAGAAACACAUUUAAAUUAAGUAAAAUUGCUUUCUGGCGUUAGCUUACUCUUUAGUAAACAGAGAGAUGACAACAGAAUCUGAAACGUUAGGAUAAUUACAAGUAUGCAAUGUUUCCUAUCACGCGGUGUUUUGCAUCUUAAAACACAGCAGUCGGUUUUAAAAUAAUCUAUUGAAUAAAAAAAAAAGAAAUACUCUUACCACUAUUUGAUCUGUCUUUUGAGUUUUUUCUCGGUUGUUCUCCCAGAAUCUGUAAAAGAAAUUUAAAUAAGAAUAAUUAAAAAACUCCUGUGGAACAUAAAUAUCUCUUUACAAUUUCAUCGCGUCGAUGCGGUCGACAAAAUAUGAUGACAUAAAUACACUAAAAGGGACUUAGUCGAAAAAAAUCGUACCGUCUCAGUUGUCAAGAUCUCUUCCAAUGUUUGGUCUUGAAGUUUUUCUGUAAUUAGGGUUACCAUUUCGAGUAUAAAGCUCCAUAGAAUUGGCGAUUAGCACAACUCUCACGUAUCGCUUUCACCCGUUGGCAGCUUCGACGAAACGACAACAAAAUCAGGCCUGACUUUAGCGUAAGUGAAUUGGUUGCCACUGCCACGAACUACACACGCUUUUCUUCAGCUAAAGUGAAAGAAAACACGAAAAUUUCAGUAGGUAUAUAGUAGGUACAAGCCGUACAAUAAAAUGGUGUAUGCAACACGUUUUAAAAUUAAAAAUACAAAUUCACAUCAAACCAACCUGUGAAGAGAUCCAUGAUGACUUCAAAAUGGCGUAAAUCACUUGGACUUUUAACGUUUGCCUGUGCGAACAAAAGGAAGGAUACGUUAAUAAAAAUACGGUGACAGUAUCCGUUAGUUGGCAGCACUGGGAAUAUAAGGUUGAAUGUUUUGUAUCGACGGGCACAGCAAGCUCGAAACUAUUAUGACCGAGGUCACGACAAACCCGAAAUAUAAUACGGAUAAUUUAAGCUCGUUUACCUCCGAUUUAACAGAAUACCACCGCCAAUGCGUUGAAAUUCAUGUGCUCGAAGCAGAAACGAGAAAUGAAGCGAUUUAUUUACAAACUACGAUUGUAUACGUUGCUAGAAAUACUGCACUUCCAUAUGCACCCGUGAAUUUAGCCAUAAUCACAAUAACAAUCGUACACCAACGAAGCUAGCCAAUCACGUUACAGUAUCCAACGGAUACUCGAAGCUGAUUGGCUGUCAUGUGCGCUUCAUGACGUCCGCCGAGUUUUAUCAAUGGAAUUUUCAAUUCAUUGAAAAAUACAAACUUUGUACAUAAUCUGCGUGAAUUUUUUGUGUGUUUAUAUACCGGAUAAAUAAGAUAGAUUUCCUUCGAUUCUAUCUAGUAAGUCACUUAAGGUAAAGUAAAAAAUAACUAGAGAUGAAAAAAUAUUUAUAUUUUUUCUUGGCGGUUCCAUAUGCAUGUAACCUGUUGUUUAUGUAAAAGAAAUAUUGGGUUUAUAAGAAGUCAUUGGAUGAAAGCACGUUGAAAACGAACGCCAGAAUAAAUUAUUUUCUUACAAGAGGAAGUAAUGGUAAAAGAGCCUUUUUUAAACCAGUGCAAGUAUUAAUUUCAUAAGUGUUUAGAAGUUUCGUGUGCUAUAUAAAUAUUCGCCCAUUAGAAAGGUUGAUAAAAGAUAGUCCAAGGCGGAAGAAGCUAAAUUUAUUAUCUGAAAGAUUGUUUGGCUUGAGAGAUUGACAGGUCAUUAUUCAUUAUAUGGAGUCAAGAAAAAUUAAAAUAUGUGUGCCAAAAAUGAAUAAAUAGAUCGGUUGGUUCUCUUUUUUUUAAAAAAUACUUAAGACUACUGUGGAAUAUUCAUUUUAUGAUAUUUAAAACAAGCUGGGCUUUGAGAAAUUUCUUGACCAUUUUUUCAUUUAAAACAAUCGCUUACUAAAUCGCUCAUAAUCCACUCAUUAAAAUAUUUUGUGUAAAUAUGGCCUUUUGUAGCAUAUUAAAUAAAAUGCUCCCUUCGCCUUGUACGCAGAAAAAAAACACAUUCCGUACUAAACCGAAUGUUGCUACAAACAGCAGACGACAUGUUGGGAAUUAGCGUCUGUGUUUUAGUGGCGUUUUGAUUCAAAUGUGAUUCAAAUGAAAAUUGAAGCCUUGUGCAACGUGUACCGCCCGCAAAGAAAAGCUCGUUUAUAAUUAAAUGUCUUUUAUAGCACGAGGAAUAACAUUGUUUAUGCAAAUAUGACUUGAAUGUCUCUUGUUUUCGUAUGAGCCACGCUCUUGCAUGAAUAAACUAUACAUGCACAUGUCAUAUACAAUAUAACAUCCAAUUUCUCUGUCAACCGAAGUGGGGGGAAACUUGUUCCAUAAUCAACUAAAUUAUUUCAACUUUUUUUAAUUCACAAUUAUUUCUGGCAUUUAAACAACUGUAUUCUGGUUGGUUGCUUGGUAUAAUUAGACAUAAAAUAUUAAUUAAGCGGGAAUAUCUACAUUACAAAAUGAAAGACAGUGCCAUUCAUUCAAAUCAGCAGCAAAUACCAUUUAAAUGGAAAAAUUGUGCCUUUUCUUAUCUAAGAAACGGCUAGCUUUAAAAACUUAAUUUAAAACACAUUUACAUAUAUUGCACUAGGUACAUGCUAUUUUGUACUCUAAUGCACGCUAUAUACGCUUUCUCGUAUAUAACAUAAAUAAUAGCAUUGAUUGGUGCCAAUAUUUUUAACAGUGAAAGCUAUUCCGAAUAUAGUUAGGCAAGCACGUGAACAUUUGUUGUCGAAUGAAAGAAACAACGUUUCACGUUGUUUAUUUGAACUCCGGGGUAUUGCUGUAGGGCUUGUAGUCAUGGGAGAAUCUAGAAUGAGUUGAUAUUGACAUCUUACUUACUCAAUUCAAAAUCAUCAAUUGUCCAUAAUAUGACUGUGUCAGACUGUGUAGAAUAGUCCUACUUGAGCCUAAGAUCGGGAACGCCAAUUCUAGGAAGGGGGGGGGAGACGCCCCCUCCCCCGUUUAUUGGCAUGGGAGUAUUCUCCUAGCUGCAUAUAAUUACCCUUUGCUAUCCAAAUUAAAAUAUCAAAGUAAUUCUCUCUUUUUAUUAAUUAAGUGAGCGGUAAGGUAUUUCCUAAUUUCCAUGUCAAACUUGUUUAACCGGCAAUGAUUUUUAUGACACUCCUCAACGAGGCGGCUUUAUCUGGCCAUGGAGAAAUAAAAGCUUCUUGAAGAAAAUUAGCAUGUCUUCUGAUGUUUAUCUGGACACAAACUGAACACAUUUACUAUUAGCGUAGGACGAAGAAAGAAAGUGACAUUAAUUUUUAGUCGCUCCAUAAUUGAGCUGACUGACAUCGUGGCGGCAUAACCUAUAAAAUGAAGUGCCAAGUGGCCAUGUAGAGCACUGACGAGUGACGUGCAGAUCUUAAAAUAUCGGUCGGUCACCGACAUUGUCCGACGUAGAGAGGGGAGCACUGGCAGUGCCACUGGACAUUCUGUCUGACCUAAGUGGAUCUGAGACUGAGGUUUAUUAUUUGUCCGACCCGAGUGUAUUGGUGUCCGCCGAAUUCAGUAACUUUGUCCAACUUAAAUCAAAAUGUACCCUAGUUCAGGCCUAGAGGCUCGUAGAGUGUUAAAUGGAGAAUCAGAGUAAUGUAUAAAAAGUGGAAAUGUGUAUUCAAGUGCGGGAUUUUCACAGUGGGGUUUGGAAAUUCAUUGCCAAGAUUCAUAUGACUUUUCCAAAUUGUGUUGAUAAUAAAUUUGUGUCUGCAUUCAUAUACUUCUUUUUAUAGCCAAACUGAACUCAAAGUCAUAGGACAUCACAAUAUAUGUAUAUAUCCGACCCACACUCAAACGUCAUCGAACAUUUUGUCAGACGGUUCUGGUAUUUUAAGGCCUGCUGACGUGCCGUUGUUGACUGAGAUCUCUUGAACCAAAUGAUGAGGAUUAUGUAUAUGUAUACGAUCAUUGGAAACUUUCUGUAAUAGAGAAAAGCUCGAAAUUGAGAAACUAUUAUGAAAUGAAGAAACUAUUUUGGUAACAUUCUCAUAUGGAACACAAAAUUUUAUGCUUGAUGAAGUGCAAUUCGUGUUUCUAGAGCCAGUUUCGCAAAAGUUUCCCCACAGACAGCAUCUGCUAGCAGAUUGUGUACAGUCUGCUGCUUCGUGCUUUCGCAUAAAGAACGUUGGCCAAUGCGGGCCACUUAAACGAGUGUCUCAAGUCCCAACCUACCUUGUCGCGUCAUUGCUUGCAGCUUUACGCAUGCGCACUAAAGCACGUUAGUCGCUGAUCUCAAAGACGCUGCUCAAACAACUCGACACGAGCACCGCGCAAUAUCCUCAUUCUUCGCACACUUUGAUCUUGACCUUAAACAACCUUGCCACUGACCGUCUAUCCUGGAAACAUGGGCAUGAGGCAGAAAAGCACAUCGCCUAACGUAUUCGUAUCUCGUAUGUGGCUAUGAUGCGAACCUAAUAACGUAUACUAAAAGCCCGCCCAACACCGCCCAAUAUUGGCCAUUGUUGAUCCAACCACAUUGCAUGAAAAAUUUUAAUAAAGUUAAACCUUAUCUUCCAUCAUGCAUGGGACCUAGUCUCGUUCGUGUUUGGCUAGUUCUUGGUUACAGUAUUGUCAAUUUCUCUAUGUGCCAAAUUAAAUCUGUUAAAUAAAAUCGGCCUCCAUUACUAGAGAUAAUGUUCAAACUGAUCCAAGAAUGUCGCAGAUUAUUGCCUAUUGGACUUGUUUGAACUAACGAAAUAGAGUCUCGUUAUAAUAUCUCCAACGUAGUGUUUCGUGCAGUCUUGGUCGAGGUCUUGGUAGUAUUCAAUAAUAAACUAUAUAUAUAUAUAUAUAUACCGGGUGUCCCAAAAAAAAGUACUCCUGUUUGAUUCGUAAUAACUUCUAAAGAAGUAAAGCUUUUAAAGAGAAAUAACUUCCAUUAAAUAGAGGAAGGACUAACUUAGAUUUUGAUAUAUUACAGUUGUAUUUUACUUAAAAAUUCACGGAGAUAUUAAUGUACAAAAUCGGGAGCAUAUUUUGGGAUGUGUCUAAAAUUAGCGAAAAUCGGCAUAUCAAAUAUUAACUCCAGCGUAUGUUUGCUUAAUGACAUAUCAGGCUAACUUGUAUUUCGGCGAAUUAUCGUUAGGGUUUGUAAGGGAUAUGGCGUAGAUUUAGACAGUUUACAUGUAAGUCUUAGCUCAUUGUUUCCUGAAAUAUGAACGUUGGAAAUUAUGCAAGUAUUUAAUAACAGAUCUUUACAAACUUAAAUGUACAUGAAAGACUGACCAUGGAAGGCAGGCGCUUAAAUUUUUCUUAUUCUUAAAUAGCCUAAUUUUUUAUGUUUUUAAUGGGUUCAAACAGACUGAGUUGAUUAUUUCUCGGUUAGAGCAGGAUGGAUAUUAUUCUUUAUUGAAGGAAAUAAUAUUGCUUUUUGCAAAUACACAUCACCGUAUCAACGCUACUAUUUUGUUACGUUUUGUUCCAAAAAUGUUGCAUGUCUCUGGGGAGUUGCUUAAUUGUUAUGUCUUAUUGAGUUAUAUGGUUUGAUUGUGUUUCAUAUAAUUCUCAGUUUACUCUGAGCUUGCCAAGAUUAAGAAAAGGCAAAAGAGUUUGGGUGUUCUUAACAAGAUUUCAGAACGUUGCAGAAGUUAGAAGAGCUUCACAAUUCCAUUGUGACAGCAUGCCCUAAUUCAGAACUACGAACGAUCCAUGACGAUCCUUCGUGAUGCAGUGGUCUCAUGAAAUAAGGAAACGUAUUCGUGCUAGGAACACACGCGAAUUUCGGACGAAUAAAUCUUGCUUGUAUUUUGUAGAUAUAAUAAUACUUUGUUUCAUAAUAAACAAUUUGUCAAGUGUCAUUUAUUUACUGGUAAUAGUGCAUGUUUCAGUCGGGCAAAUCUUGAUUAAUAUUUGAUACGCCGUUUUUUGCAUAUUUCAGACACAUCCAGAAAUAUGCUCCCGAUUUUAAAGAUUAAUAUCUCCGUGAAUUUUUAAGUAAAAUACAACUGUAAUAUAUCAAAAUCUAAGUUAGUCCUUCCUCUAUUUGAUGCAAGUUAUUUCUCUUUAAAAGCUUUACUUGUUUAGAAGUUAUUACGAAUCAAACCGGAGUACUUUUUUUUGGGACACCCGGUAUAUAUAUAUAUAUAUAUAUAUAUAUAUAUAAUAUAUAUAUAUAUAUAUAAUAUAUAUAUAUAUAUAUAUAUAUAUAUAUAUAUAUAUAUAUAUAUAUAUAUAUAUAUAUAUAUAUAUAUAUAUAUAUAUAUAUAUAUAUAUCCCUUUAGGUCAUAUUGAGCGCUCUACAGGAUGAGCCAUGCCGCUUACGCAUUGCGCACGCUCACUGCUUGCAGUUUGAGCGCUCUGGCAUGGUUUUGAUGUCCCACAAUCGUGAGGCAUCAAACUGAUCAAAGGUAACUGUAAAUAGCAGUUACUUUCAUCCUGCUCAUCAGGCCCAUAAGGCCGACCAUAGAUAUAGGAGACUAGAUUGCUAACGCAUACCUAGCGCAGGCGGGGCCUACAUGAUAAAUCCAAGAUGGCGGUACAAGAGGGCAAAAAGACUAUAGAUUCUAUUACGAAAAUCAAGAUUUUUGCAUUUUUUUCCGUCGCAUUGUUUUGAAACUUGUUCGAUCAAAUUUUAUGGUAAAGAGAAACGUACCGCGAAGAUUUUGAGCAUAUAUAUGAUUGAAUUGGAUGAAAACUCGCAAAAUUAUCCAGCGAUAAAAGUUCGUGUGAAAUGGUCAGUUGGAGCGUUUUAUUGCCAGAAAUACUGUGCUAUGUUAACAUCUAGCCUUGUGAAUGGUGUUUUAUACUUGCAUCUUUCAUCAUCAUCUGCUCUGUCCUCAUAAUUAUGAAAAAUGAACUGUUAUGUACCUCCCCCCCUCCUUGCUUGUUAGAGAAGUAAACUGAUGAGAGCACUGGAUAAGGGUCUAUCAUCUAUGGUCUGUUAUAAUUUGCUUUCUAUGCAAAUAGUUAGAGUUACAUAUAUAGUACUAUAUCAGUACUAUACACGAACUUUUAUCGCUGGAUAAUUUUGCGAGUUUUCAUCCAAUUCAAUCAUAAAUAUGCUCAAAAUCUUCGCGGUAAGUUUCUCUUUACCAUAAAAUUUGACUGAAUAAGUUUCAAAACAAUGCGACGGCAAAAAAUGCAAAAAUCUUCAUUUUCGUAAUAGAAUCUAUAGUCUUUUUGCCCUCUUGUACCGCCAUCUUGGAUUUAUCAUGUAGGCCCCGCCUGCGCUAGGUAUGCGUUAGCAAUCUAGAUCUCCUAUAUCUAUGGUUCCCACUCGCUAAUAAACGCUUAAAUAACAACAAUAACUUUCAUCAUUUGAAUAGUUUAAAAAUGUAUUUGGGAUAGGUUUAACUUAAUGUUUAAGUUCCCUGUUUAAGAAAUAGAAAACAUACGAAUCUUCUCAUUUCAUGGCCAUGGGAAUAUCCUGCAUGAGUCUGCAAUCACGGUUUCAAUUUUUGAAUUGCAGAAUAAUUAGAUGCACUAUCUAGUGUACAUAAAAUAUCUAUGGGAAGCAUGCAGUAAGAACAGCUAUCUAUAUAUAAGAUUGCGUGAUUGCAGCCAAUUCAAAUGCACCGCGUUUGAUCUGGACUUUACUACUUACUAUAUGAGUACACCUGCCUCUAAAGUAAACGGAUUGCCAAAUCCGAUGUUGAGAAUCUUUUUUCCACCACAAGUAUAUGAACUACGAAAAACUGUUGCAUUGAGGAAGACUCUUCUAAGUGAUUAAAAGGAUAUCUGCGGGAAAUAUUAUGUACUUGUGAUAACAAAAUGCAAAUUAUAGAUUGAUCAAUCCUUCCCGACAACUUUCUUUUGACGGUUCGUUCUCCGGAAAUGUAUUGGAAAGAUGUAGCUAUAUAAUCCUACAGCAUUCUUUAUAAGAUUUCUCACACAAUUCCGAAAAAUAUCAUAAGGAAAUAUAUACCAUUAUAUAUUCUAACUUUGACCGAUUGAACCUUUCCCCUUAUAACUAAAAUUUUUAUCUAGAACUAAAAAUUUCAUCACAGCUUGAAAGAGCAUCACAAAAUUAGUAAUAUUCCAAAGUUUCGUUGCGAAAUAUUGUAAAAUGCGGAUAAUAUAGCCUUGCGAAGUUUGCCGUUUUUCAGUCAUUUUGUAUUACGCAUGGGAAAUUGACAGCCCAAUCGGGUGUUGGGACAUCAAUUUCCCGUUUGUAAUAUACAAAAUGACUGAAAACUGCAAAUUUCGCAGGGCUAUAUUAUCCGCAUUUUACAACAUUUCUCAACGAAACUUUGGAAUAUUACUAAUUUUGUGAUGCUCUUUUAAGCUGUGAUGAAAUUUUUGUCUAGACUUGUCUAGAUCAAAAUUGUAGUUAUAAGGGGAAAGCUCCAUUAAACGAAGAGAAAAUUACUUGUGUCUUUCCUGUUGACUUUCCUCCUGUUUAUUUUGGGGAUAGCUAUUUCUUCCCAUUUCAAUUCCAGCCCCUUCUUUUAGCUAUUUUGUCCCUCGCCCGUUUUAGACAGAGCUAAUUAACUCAUAGACAUAUAACAUACAAAGAGUACACAAAUUCGGAACAUGGGAUUGGUUUCACGCGGCGUCUCGCGUGUAAACUCGAAGUCGAAAGAUUUGAGUAUUGUUCUUCGCCAUUUUUGGCACUUUUUGUACUACAGUUCAUAUUCUUGUUAUGUCUUUGUCAUUACGUUAUCUUCAAUGUUGUCUGGUUAUUUGUGUCCUGUUAAAGAAGAAUUCAACCGUUGCCGUGACAACGGAGCCUUAAAAAGUCGGUAUUGUUUGUCAGUCGGGAACGCAAGCAAGCGCUCUUCAAGUAGUCAUCAAUCAGCUCUGACUUUCACCAUUCUUUUCUGACACUCGCGAGAAUAAAAGGCGAGGUCUAGCAUGGCAUUGUAAUGCUAUAUUGUCAAAAGAAAAGCGGGAAUUUACAUGAUAUUAUCUGAUCGAACGAUGAAAGAGAGAAAUGAAUAAGAUUAAAUCAAAUCUCGACUAUCUGUUUUAAAACAUCGUGUGAAAUAUUGUCGGUCCUCUUGACAAAACCGCAAUCUCACGCGCUGAAAUCGGCAGGGGUGUACGCAGACAUUAGUUGUGUACAAUGCCAAUGGCCGUCAAUGUUUGUUUCUAUCAGUUCUUUCUAUGCAUUUGAGCGGAGUUUUAACAAUAUCAAUCAACCGCAUGCAUAUAUAUAUACAUAUAUAGAUAAAGUAUAAUUUUUCGGCGCUGCAUGCCACUUGAUAUUUGAAAUAGGGUAUUUUCCUGACAAUAUUUGAUGUAAUAUUUUGAUAUAGUUUUCCUAUUUAAAUUUCAGAGCUAUAUAUCAAUAUACAGAAUAUACCAGAAUGUAUAAUGAAUCUCGUGAUCUCAUGGAGAAAAUGAUUUUCAAGGACAACUGUCAGUGUCCUUGAAGUUAUAUAGAUAUUCCAGCAAGAUAGCACCGAUCUAAAUUUUUCCUCUGACUCUGUCUAUAGUUUUCUAUUUUAUGGGAAAACUUUGAAGUACUUGACCAUCUAUCAGAUCUAUGAUCCGACGUUGCUCCCACUGUAACGAUAUUUCUAGAUUGCGGUGCUGGCUCACGCGUCAACGGAAGUGGAUUGGAUUUCCAAAUAUCUCUUGCACUGAGUAGGUUAUAUAUGUUAUUCACUAUGGGAAAUGUUUAUGUAUAAUUUUAAAAAACAUGAGACAACGUUCGUAAACAUUUCUACUUUAACAAACAUGAAAUGAAAGGGAGAUGAAUUGUCCACCUACUGGAGCGCAGAGCUGGGUUGCUGUGGUCCUGUCAGUUAUUGUUGCUCGCGUAUUGUUAUAUUAUUCCACCUUUAUUCCACCUUCAGUAUUCUUACAAAAUACAUGUAGCAGCUUUCGACUCUAUUUUAAGUAUCACCAGAAAUGAUGUUAAGUUAUUCCUGCCUGUUGCGAUCCACUGAAGAAUCACAUCGCCUUUUUAAUGUUUUAGAUAGAUACUAUUAGUAAGUAAGUGAGUAAGUGGGAGGGGGGGGGGGGGGGACUCAACCUCAGAAAGUCUCGUUGAAGGGCGCCUCUACAUGGCAGCCAUGCACCUUAUGACUCAUCUCAGAUCACGGAGCACAGCCACGGUGUAAGAAGGCUCAGUUAGGGGCUAAUCCUAACCCACCCUGUCAACUUUCCUUGUGGGAGGAAAACAGAGUACCCGGAGAAAACCCACGACUUUCAGUAGAGCGUUGACUGACUCUCUUCAUAUAACUUAAGUCGACGUGUCAUGUGUUCGCAGCGAGAAUCGAACUGAAGCCCAUGGGUGGUUCUGCAUGUAAUAUGUAGAAUCGACAUAAAACCAUUAGCUUGACAUAUUCCAGGUUUUCAAGAGUUGAGAAUAAACUAUAGUCUAUAAGAUCUCAUCAGACUCGUGUAUGGCGAACCGGUGCAUGUCAUAUAAAUGUACCAGUAUAUACAAAUUCCAUCUUAGCGAUGAAUGUAGGUCUCUCUGUCUCUAGUAACACUAUUAGUCACAUAUUGACACAAAUUGUAGUUAAUAUAAUGUACUUAUAGUCCCAUACACUGUACAAGUAGUAUAAAUUGAACCAUAUAUAGCUCUAGCUGUUGGUAUGACUCCAUCAACAUUACCUCUUUCAGUACACUCAAUUAUAUAAUCUCCCUGUAUAAGUAAUAAACACCAAAACAGUUCAUAUACUAUCGCCUUGGGGGCAGCAACGCAGUAUGUAAUAUAUAUGUUAUGAAUGUCAGUAUCAAUGAAACAAUACUGUGUACUUGAGGUAAAUACAGUGACUCGGUGUAGUGAUCUUCCGGCCUGUUCAAUUCGGCUUUUCCAAAUAUUUUAUAGAAAACUGCCUCGACCUUUAAUUAAUACUAAAACUUCUGUAGAUUGGGAACUUUUGUAAUGUAUAUGUUGAAAUGUAUAACCAUACAGGGUUGGUAUGGGAAUGAUUGGUGUGGGAUCGACAGAGAAUCUUAAUUAAUUUAACCACGGGUAACUAAUGGUAUAGUUGCAUGGUCUGUUCAAUUCAUCUAGCAGAUACUAUAUAUAAACUCUGAGUACUCUGUCAUUGUACUCAAUGAAAAUUUUUUACAGUUAAUCAGUUUCCCAGAACCCCAUGAUGUCUAUAAGAGCUGGUAAGACAAAUUGUCUUUGUCUGUGUAAUACUAUCUCGGUUUGUUCAUAUUACUCCAAUCAUGCAUUUAUCAUGUAAAGUAUGUUACUUUGAAGUUUAAUCUGGUAAACACGUUUGUACACGCCCCAUUUUAGUGAAUUCCAUCACACCGCCCUUCCUUAAACGUCCAUAAAUACCAAUUCACACAGGUGAUUUUGGGUUAUGUUCAUCGUAUGGUUUGGGCCUCUCAAGUUCAAUCACCUUGCCACAACCCGCGCACCCGAAAAUAUAUAUAUACAUGAACUUGCGGUUUAUAGAGCUCGACAACUGGCCUCUGUACUUCAGUUGGUUAGAGCGCUGCACUGGAAUCGCAGGUUCGAUUCCAGGCAGAGGACCUAUAGUGUUGCAUUUUCCGCAACCGUUCCUGGUUAGGUCUUAAAUUGUGUAUAUAAUAUGCUCACUUGGAUUAUCUACCAAACCCAGCAGUCGCAAAAUUAAAAAAUAGCAUAUUGUCAUCCAUCACAUUUAUGUCUGUAUGUGGUAUGCUCUUUAUAAACGUUUUUAAAAAAAAAUUGACACAGAUGAUUGCCACAUAUGAUUUUGUGCUAAAAAUUCAGUGUUAACUGGAACAUGGAAAAUGCCAUAUAGUUUUCCCAUGCAAUUUUCAAUUGUUUACAUUCGAUAACAACUUGUUAUAUGUUAUAAAAAAAGGUGUGUUCCAUUCUAUCAUGCAUAACGUGCAUAAUUGGUUCAAUUUUACAACUGACUGAUGUGCAUAAUUGGUUCAAUUUUACAACUGAUAAACUGACGAGUAUCUCUUAUUUUUUCAAAGGCAAAAAGCCUACGUUAUAUUGCCUGUAAUGAACAGGCGAGCUAGCUAUUGUUUGGAACUGAAUAGUGUGGGUAGACCUGCGGUAUACAGUGGAUUUAGUGCAUGGUGCGAAAAUCUUUAAAAUUUUUGUGCACCAUCAAAUGUGUAAACCCUAAAAAUUUGCCAUUAUUUUUAGUAGAGAAAUGUUUCCAGUGGUUUUACUUCCUAAAUCCAUAUAUACUACUAAUCCAAUGCCAUGAUUUGCGAACCUGUUCGGCACUAAUGUGGAUCUUAUAGUCCAGGCUAUCAUCAAAAGACGAGCAGUAUAGAGCCGAUGUCCAUUUCCCAGUCGACCAAUUGGGGAAUUGCCCUUACUUCCUUAGUUAUACACUAGAUUUUGUCCAGUACCUUAUUAAGUUCAGACCUUUCAAUGAUCCACUGCGUGCCUUGAAGUGCGUGGAAAUUAUUUUCCAUACAUGCACGGAGCUUCGAUGGCAAUAGAAAUAUGUUCUCACGCUCAGAUCGUCAUAACAAUCACUAGUCCUUAUAAUUUAUACACACCAAGCCGUCUCAUAGGUGCCACAGUAAUUUUAGUGAAACUACAGGGGCCCUACUUAAAUUGAGAGAAUUUUUCAAAUGUUUGCUGAAAAUAAUUGUAACAUUAUAUAUUUGAUGUUUGUGACUUUCAAUCCAUAUAACACUAUAAAAAGGUUUGAUAUAACUGUCAUCAAAAAUAUAUAUAAAGACUGCAUGGUAUUUGAGCCCAAAAAUUUAAAAGUCAUGCAUGCAUAUUUUAUAAUCACUGUCAAGUACUGACCACGGUAAAAAAAACACGGAACAAAUUAGAACACGCCAUGCAGUAAUUAUACUUCAAAAAUAGUUCUAGGUAAAUAUCAGCCGGAUGCAAAUGAUAAUUACAGAGACACAGAGGUGGAAUAUACUUUUAAUCUAGAGCUUGAAAUGUCCCCUGAAACAAUUCAUGACUGCCAACCAUCUCAUCAACUCUUGUUUGACCGGGUGUAUCAUCAACUGCCAUCAUGGUUUUUGGGUUUAACCCGUAAACCAAUGCAGCAUUUCGUCAAUUGGGCACAUAGCGUUAAAUAACUUCAAUAAACACUCACAAUCCGUUGAUUGAGAAGUUGACAUAGGUAUAUAUGCAGUAAUUAAUGUACUUACUUUUUAUAUGUUCACUAUAUUAUUUGCAUGUGCCUGUUGUGGAACAGCCAACGUUUAAGCAUAGUACUACAAUUGACUCUUGCAUGUCUCGGGGAUCUUAAAUUUGAAGUAGCAAAACGUAGUCACAUGUUGCAAAAAUGCGAAUGCAAAUGUGAAAUGUAUACUAUGGAAACUUAAAGUUCCGCUUUUGGAAAAAGUCUUCCUAUUUGUUUACAUAUAUUUCCCCAUAUCAAUCUUCGUGCCGCUAUAGGGUCCCUUGAAACGUACAUGCAUAUGAGAUGAAGAUAUGAUCGGAAUUGGGUGUGUAUACUGCUUGUUUGGUGUCAUAUGAUAGAUUCCCUUAUAUAACACUGUCUAUAUAUAAGGCUAUAUAUAAAAUAUAUAUAUAGAUUACAGUAUAUAAUAUUAAUAUUUAUAUAUUUUGAUUAUUGUCGUAUCCAGAUGGAUACAUUUUUCUUAUGAUUUAUAUUAUGAAAUACUAGCUGAUAUCUAUCUGGAUAGGCCAACUUGUUUUAUUAGAGAGGUUAAGAUACCCCGGUUUCGGUGCACGUGUACGGGUAGCAUGAUUUUGGUUAGCAAUAUUUUCGUCGAUGGGCUGUACCUUUACUCGUAAUUAAGGUGCACAUUUUUCGCAUUAUAUCAUUAUAUAUUGCAAGAAAACAGAAAAAGUAUGAUCGAAUUGCAGACAUCAGUAAAACAAGAUGACACUACUCGUACCCGUACACCGAAACCGGGGUAUCUUAACUUCUCUAUUAUCGGGUAUUUUUAGCCUGGUUUACACCAUCAAAGUUUCUGUGAUCACAGUAGAGAUUUUGCAUAAAAUUCUACGUUUUGAAGGAUUUGUAAGAAAUGUUUGAGGGAACUGAAUUAACGUUAAACACUGAGUCAGUUCAGUUCCUCGAACAUUUCUUACAAAUCUUUCAAAACUUCUGUGAUCAUGCACAGAAAUUUUGAUAGUGUCACUGUUAUACCAUAUAUUAUUACAGAUUUUGUUAACUGGGUGUAUACAGUCUAUACAAAUAUACUGACAAUAUAUAAUAUUUAUUGCCGCCAGCUAGCACUAGGGCACAGAAUACUAUACAGAAGUCCAUCUCCAUUGUUUUUUGCCGUAGGCGCUAUUCGUCAUGAUUCCAGCCUGAGCUCCACCUUUGAAUUUACUAUGUGAGUAAAUUGUUAAACACGUCCGAAUUUAUCAAUAUGAGAAAUUCGCGGCACCUAACCCGGCAACCCUAACCCUGCAACCCUAACCCUAAUCUAACUUUCCAAACCUUUUUUUGAAAAUCUAACUUUUUUUUUAACUUUUUUUUACUUUUGUUAACUUUUUACUUCCCACCCCGGCGCGACCAGCCUCAAGUUAUAUAGUGCUAUUUAGUUUGAGCCAUGCAGAACAUAUAUUAUACCAUGCAUGCAAACGUUAGCUUUAUAGUGCAGAUAUGUCACUUACCAUGCAUAUAUAACUACAGAUAUUACCAUAUUCCUAUAUAUAUUAAUCAAUUAAUAUGAAGUGCAAGAAACAAUUAUAAAAAUUAUAUAUAUUGGAGGGAUAUUAGAGUAUAAUUGACCAUGCCCAUGUGUUGCGUUUUUGUUUCAAUUGUGUCACAUGCGAUAAUGUAUAGUUUUUCAACGUUCUGCAACACGUGUUUGUUAUGAGGAAUUUUAAUUAAGUAGCCUACCAUUCUAAUUUGACCUUUCUAAUUUCAGGACAACGGACUAUAUCUAUACCUCACUUUUCUUAUUCUGACGUAUAUUGUUUAUACCAUUAUUUUAAAGUUUGGGGCAAACAUAAACUGCAUAUGAUCGUCCUCUAAUUAAUUUCGUGAUUAAUUUAUUCUUUAGACAUGUUUAAAACCUUCAUUAUGCGUAUCAUGUAAAAACAGAUAUAACAGAAUAGAUGGUUUGAAAGCCACACAGUUCCAUGAUAAUCAGUACAUGUGUAUAAAUAUAAAAAGAUAUUAACAUACGCGAUAUUUUGGGGAAACAGAUAAGGGACCGCUCAUUAUUUAUUGUACAGGGGGGGGGACUGAGGAGAAACUCUACAGUUAUAAAAUUUUUUCGUUGCCCCCCCUCUUAAGACAAGUAAAAUUUUCAAAGCCCCCCCCCCACAGGCAAAACAAGAACAUAAAUUCCCCCCCCCCCUCUAGCUCUUUAUCUUUAUUUAAAGAAACAAAAACUCUAGCUGUUUAUUUUAGAGAAAGAAAAAUAGGUAAUGGGGACCAAUAGACAUUCCCAUUAUAGACUAAUUUUUUAUCUUAGCAAAAAAAGUAUAUUCCCGGGAAGGGCAUACUAAAAUUACUAAAAUUCCAAAGUUUGGUUGCAAAAUGUUGUAAAAUAUGUAGAAAAUAUAGCCUUCCAAAGUUUGCAAAUUUUGUAUUCUUUUGUAUAAUUGCAAUUUUCGCAUGCAAUACAAAAGUGUACAAAAUUUGCAAACUUUGCAAGGCUAUAUUUUCCGUAUUUUGCAACAAUUCGCAACCAAACUUUGCAAUAAUUUACUUAUCUUAGUAUGCUCUUUCUAGCUGUGGUGAUUUAUUUGCAUCAAGGCCGGAUUUUCAGGGUGUGGAGAGGUGCGCACCUCCCCAGAGAUCGUUUUGCACCUCCCCUGAGAAUUUUUCCACCUCUCUUGAAAGGUCAUGCACUUCCCCUUGGGAAAGUUUCAAUGAUGGAACAAAGUGAAAAUGUGAUGGUUGCUUAGGAUCUACACUUUGUGACGUAAAAAAGUUUUCUCUGUAAAAUUGAAACAGUGAUAGCCAUGUCAAGCACCCUUUUAAUGCAAUGUUUUGAAAGAAACAGUGUAGCAAUUGUAAUGAAGGGCAAGAUUGGAGUCAUACAUUCAUAAUUCAUUAAUACACUGGUACAUGUUAUGUACACUACAUGCAUACCUCACCUCGUUGAUAUUGGCCUGUUCUACAAUAAGACCUAACUUUCCAUGGGAGUUGUGAGCUAGACCGCUGCACCUCUCCUAAAAUUUUUGUCCACCUCCCCCACUAUUUUCACCAAAAUCCGGCCUUGAUUUGCAUCUCUUUGCCUAGUUCUAAAAUUAGUCUAUAAUGGGAAUUGUCUAUUUACAUGAACAUGAGAGACUUUUUAUUUGACUUCCAUUUAUGAAUAUUAAAGUCUAUAAAUAUUGUUAUUUGUUGUUAAGUUGUUUUGUGAUACAUUUUUAAAACUACUAAUGUUUUUUCAAACUGGUAAAUAUUUUCAAAGCCCCCCCUUCUUUCGUAUCUCUGUAUUUUUUCAAAGCCCCCCCUUUCAGGUUUUGAAAAAUUUAAAGGCCCCCAGUUUCUCCUCAAUCCCCCCCUGUACAAUAAAUAAUGAGCGGUCCCUAAGGCUCGAUUUCACAAAUGUUAAUUGACACAUAUAUAGGAGCAAGCACAUUUAACAAAUCUCUUAUUUGUUUGCUACCGAGCCACUACAUGAAAAUAAUUAACAUUAUAUUUCUCAAUUUGAUUGUAGCUUGACUGUUUUGUGAAACCCACCCCGUAUGUUGAAAUGUUGAACUCAACAUGAUAACAGGCAGUCUCAGUUUUAUCAAGUGUGGUCUGGAUAAUCAUGAACAUAUGUUUGGUCAAGGCUAUCCAGUCUCAAACCUUACGCUGACCUAUAUAGUAUAAGUAUAGUGGAUGAACAGAAAAUUUCACCAUUCACUCACUGAUGCGCGCGCAUGAUUAUGCAGGUGCUCAAUUGCAUGGCAGUUAUUUUGCAGUUAUCAGUUUGAGAUAAUAUAUAUUUAAAAAUAUUAAUUCUUUUCAUGCUUUGUUCGUGCCAGUGAACAGAUCACAUUUGGUUGUAUGUUUUUGCAAGCUUUUUCAUAGUCAAGUUUUCAUUUAUCUUAGCUAUAACCAUGGGCGACGUUUUUGGCCAUUCCCCCCCCCCGUCGCCAAAAAAUUUCGGUCAGUGUACCAUUUUAGGGGUCAAAAAAAUUUUCCGGACAACCAAAAUUUUUCGGAGCAUAACACAAAUUUUCCAAAAAAACAAAAAAUUGGCCACAAAAUUUACUUAAUUUUAGACAAAAUUUACAGAAUUUCUCCCAUUUUUUUUUAUUGCAAACCAAAAUUGCCCGACUGUUGAUCGAAUAUUGCCCGACUGCCCAACAAACUGGGGGGGCUACUACCGCCCCCCCCCCGCCCGGUACGCCUAUGGCUAUAACACUUAAUAACAGUGCAUCUUAAGGAGGCUCCCUACAGUUCCUGCGGGAUGUUCGCGGGACAAGUACGUGAACUAUCCCACGCAACUGCAUGAUCAAAACAAAACAAAAAUUGACCAUGCUUUUUUUAAAAAUAAAGCUAUUUCUGAAAGGUUUCUAAUGGAUAAAAGCGUUGAAUAAUACUUCGUUUUGAGUGCCAAAUCACUUGCGAGUCUAUACAGCAAUUCUACAUAUGAUACGAAUAUCACUAGACCAAAAAAUAGCUACGAAACAAUAUUUUAAAAUUUUUUUAUACACUGUCAACUGACUCAACUGUAAAACGUUUGCAAAAUUGCAUACAAACGUUUAAAAAGUUGUUUACUUCUCAAGAAAACGUUCACGUUUUUAGUCGUGUUUCUACAAGAUUAAAGUGAUUAUAUGUAAACAGAAAAAUAUUCCAGUUUCAUAGCCUAAUUGUUCAUUUUUAGCAAAAAGUACAAAACCAAACAUGAAACAAAAAAACACGUCCACCUGUUAAUAGGCUGUUACAGCUCACAGAUUGAGUAAACGGCAGGAUUCAAUUAGCUUCAACCUUGUUUUCAUCGAUUUAAUCCUUCACAAUAAUCCUUGGCUGUCCGUAGCACUCAAAUAAAUCGAAAAGUUGACAAAAACAAAACAGUAAAAACAAUAUUGCGGGUCGAUUUUGCUGAAUGAAAACUCGUUCUGCGCCCGCGUACAAUCUUUUACUAGUCAGCGACGCUUUUCAAUAGGGGAAUUUCUCGAGUUACACGAGGCUAUUUUCUAACUUUAUUUGCAUUUUACUCAUUAGUUUCAUCGGUGACCUAUCUUUUAAUUUUGACCACGAAUUUAUUUUGCGGUAAAUUUUAUAAAUUUCAAAUAUUAAAAAAAUCUGUAGUGUGGAAAUUUCGCAGUAAAUUUUUCGCUUUUAAAAAAAUCACACACUACAGAAUUUUUUUAAACUUUCACCACAGUUGCAGAGCAUCAUUCCUUAUUGAUAUAUGAAAUAAAAAAGAUAGGUCACCGACAUCGUUUUUGAGAUAGCGGCACAUUUAUGGGUUAAAUUGGAAGCCUUUAUGCUGUCGUCAUGUUGCCAUGGGAACAUUGACAUCGUCGAAAUCUAGUUCGAAAUAUUCCUUAGGUGACCAAUAUUGCCACCAAGUCGAAAAGAAUUCGCGUUCUGCACGAAUAAGCCUGUUUUACGGAAUUAUUGCUUAAACAAAAAUAACUGUAGGGAGCCACCUUAAGGGCGAUUCACACUGCACAACUUUUGCCUGAAACUGUCGCAUGCAACUUGCUUACAACUCGAGUUGUACUGUGUAAAUGAAGCAUACAACUCCCCUACGACAACUUUGAACUCAAUUUAAGAGAUUGACUAUGAUAUAAACUCGGCCAUCUGCUUUUAUCUACGACUAUAUAUGUCCGCAACCUGACAGAGGUGAGACCCUGUGAAACAAGGUUGCUAUAAACUGUAAUAUUUUGUUUAAUUUGAAAAUAUUGUAAAGUUUAAUUUGAAAAUAUUUUUCACCUGAAUUAUCUCCUACCAUUGUAAAGAAGCAGGCGGGCCCACCGGGGCAUCACCCGGUAGCCCGGUGGGCUAAUCCGCCCCUGUUACUGGGUAUGCCCGACCUCUGUACAACCGGACCCAUAUUUGCCGAAUUCAUAUCAAAAUCGAAACGGGUUUCAGUUUGUGAGGUCAAAAAGAAGCUGGUAUUGAGGAUUUUCGGUCCAUAUUAAUUCAUAUCUUUUCUAUUUAUCAAGUGCGGCAUUUGUGAGACCAGAUACAUAGUUUCGUAGCUUUUCAGGCAUUUUUACACAGUUAAAAAUGGGUGGUCUCUGCUUGUUUUUUACGUACUGAAUAACGGUUAAUACUGCGGUAUGUAACCACAGAGAGAUUAUCCAGAGGAGAUUAUCCAAGGCGCCUAUGCAAUGUCAUAUAGUGACGUCAUUUACAAAAGAUUACAGGGCUACAACUCAAUGGGCUAUAAGGAAUGUUGUACAGCUUACUUCAAAAUGACAAGGUCAAGCAGAUGCUAUAUACGUAUACGCCAAUCAAUUAUUUUACAGCAUUUGUGUGAAAAUUGUGUAUUGUAUUUGAAUACAUCUCAUUAUUUAACCAGGCCUAGAACUCGGGCAUCAAAGUUAAGCACAUCCUUGUAAAGUAUUUGAGCUUGGCUUCAAGCUUUACCAUGUGACAGAAAUACAACGUAAUGAUUGGUUAAUCAUGAAUUUAAAAAUUCAUUGACAUUGUGAAUACGAGAAUGAUCUCCACCUGACUACUCAUGCAGACUAUUAUAUACUAGCUUCCAGGGUCUUUUCAGUGAAGAAGAAGAACGUUUUUCCAUCUUUUCAAGUAGUUUUAUUCAUUGAACGAUGACAGUUUACUAUCCGAGAACACUAGUUACAUUGGAACCCCACAUUUGAGAUAUUUAAUUAUUAACCAUGUUGGCUUGAAUUGUAUAUAUAAGCAAGAGUGUAGUAGACUAUAUCAGUGGCAUAGGAACCAGAGGAGGCUUUGGGGGUGCCACUUAAUAUUUGGUCAACAUUGUUCUCGAAAAGCAGCAAGUUACUAAUUUACCGGAUUCCUCGAAUAAUCUCCCCCACCAACCUUCGCUGCUUCAGAGCGCUCUUUUCCUUGUGCAAACAAUAUCGCUCCACGACCUGGAACAGUCUAGAAUGUCCCAUAUUAUAAUGGAAUUUGCAAAUAACCAGAAAUUCCCAAGAAAGAUGCCUCACUGGGACUUCGUAUAAUCGUAUGGGACAAAGUUUUGUCAGUUAUGUUUCCAGCAUUUACAGGGCCUUAUCGUUCUCUUUAUCGGUUGUGCAAAUAAAUACAGUCGAAUAUCUAUUAUAGCGGACACUGUCAGACUUCGUAGAUGUGUCCACCUUCUACUUAAUAAGGGUUAGGACAUGGAGCAUUAUAUUAAUAUUGGGACCAGAUCUCGCUGAACGGGACACCUAAAUUAAUUAAGCGGAUAGGUGUCCGUUAUAGCGGUCCGUCUGUACCUAACAAAUCAUUCAUGGGAAAUGCAAUGCCACUUAAUUCGUCAAAUUUCAUGUGUUUUAAAUGCAUUACAUGUUUUCAACCAGCUUAGAGAGAGGAAUGCUUUUAAUACAGUGGAUCACCCAGUCCCUAAAACAAUUACAGGAAUUUGGGGCAUGCAUAUAUCUGUUACAUACAUGCAGUAGUUAUGUUUGAAAAUGCCUGGUAUUAUAAUGCUACUUGCUCACCUUAACCUUCUAUUUCACACCAAAUGUAGCUCCAUGUAUUCAUACAAAGUUUGCCAGUCUUAAUUUCCCUAAAGCCUCUCAACGCUAUAGGCGAUAUAAGUUUUCCAAGUCACUGUUAUGCACCAGCUAGAUUGAUAUACACACAGUUUGUAUAAUGAAAAAGCUAAAUAGAAUGCCAAAUUUGUUGAGCAUCGCUUACACAGGUCCUUGUCAAGUAAUCCUAUUGUUAAAGCCGCCCCCUUAAUCUCUCCGAAUUAAUAUUCCAAAUUAAAAAAAAAUUUAAAAUUUCACAAGUUUGACGUGAUCUACGCGUGCCUCCUUUCAAAAUCAAAUUAUCACUCGCCAUGCCAAUCUUACAUGUGUUGCCUCACGUUUUUCAAACCAACCAUCACGGGCUGAUAGGAUGGCGUUUGAUUUACUUACAGUGAUAAUUUAUUCUCAUAUUUGCAAUCCUCUAUCGACAAAAUCAAUAUUUUGGUUUUUAUGAAAAUUAGAGAAGGCUCAAAAUUAAUCCUCGUCCUAUUUUUAUUAAAUGUAAAUCGCAUUUUGCAAUCGUUGUUUGUGUACAGAGCCGCAGAGACGAUGUCAGGAGGCGAUGAUGACAUUCCUUAAGCCUGGUUUAAAUUAUCAAAGUUCAGUCUGUGGACUGUGAUCAGUGGCAUAGCCAGUCCGACGAUUGGUCCCGCUAUGCAAAUUUCAACUCAUCAUUACAUUGAUAUCAAAGGAACUAGAUUCUGUUCUGAAAUAUCACAUACUCGAACCGACCUGACCGCGUAGUUCAGUUGGCAGAGCAUUGGGCUAGCAUUCCAAAGGUCGUAGGUUCAAUUCCCACCGUGGCCACUGGCCAGCUAUAUUUUUCAAGCUUGCCCGGUGUGGAUAUACACUCAGAGUAACAUCACAAGCAUCAUAUUCACCUGAGUACAUUACACCAACACAGAAAAAAAAACAUCAUUAUUCAUUUCUUCAGACUGAAUUGAUUGUGUUGAUACUUUAUAAACAUGGCAAUAUUCGUAUAGCCGGACCGAAUCGUCGGGCUGGCUAAUGCCACUGGCAGUGGCACUGACUGUGAGUGAUGUGAUCACAGUAAGCCGGUGCAGCCUUUAGACCGUACGUUGUAAUUCGUUGUAAUUACGUAAUUCACUUUCCAUAAACAAGAUUAGUGAAUGUCCAAGUUAGUGAAUGUCUCAAAAAUAUUUUAAAGUGGAAUGGGCAAUUAAAAACAGAGACGUGAAAAACUAGUUUCAUUUUAUUGUUACACUGCGUACAACGAAAAAUUAUUGUUUCAAGCAGGAUUUGAACUCGCAUUAUAUCUUUGGCUUAGACCGAUCUACCCAUUGGGUUAUCGAGUCAACGGGGAUUGGUAGCGAGUCUUAUCCAAUUUAGGAGCAAUUUAAUUGUACAGAUGUUUUUGAAACUUAUCGAUGAGCUUACAUUAUAUUGAUUCUUUCAUCUGAAUAAGCCUAUAGCCUCGUCUCUAUGCUUACCAAUUAAGAGUCCUGUUGACGAGGUAGAAUUUGUAGAAAGGUUAUUCACAUUGUAAAAAGAGUUACAGUUUUAAUGGACAGCCGGUCAUUAUGAGAGGUAACUCAUGGAGGAAAAUAUUUAUCAUUUUUCAUCAAAGUGAAAGUGAAGCCAAAGGUGGAAGAUGUUGGAUGUCCGUUUUAAUAUUUGAUGAAAACGGAUUGAAAUGAACCAAAACGACCGCAUUGAGUGCUUAAACCAGCGUUAAAAACAUCCACUUAUACUUGGCUUCACUUUCAGUAAUAAGGAUACUACUCUAGUUGUGUAUUGGGCUCACUGGUUUGGAUACCAGAUUACCACAUGCCAAUGGCUUACACACGUAAAAACACACAGGUUGUUUAGUUGUUACAGGUCUGCAAACAAGUUGUUACACAUCUGUUCACAAGCUGUCGACAAGUUGUGUUUGCAUCAUUUGUUCCCAGUUGUUGUAACAAGUUUGGAACAAGCUGUUAACAACUUGUAACAAGCUUUAUGGCAUUAUCAGACUUGUUACAAGGUUGUUCUAACAAGUCUGAUACAGUCAUGAUAUAACAAGAAUGUUACAAGGUUGUCGCCAAAAAAUUUUCGGUCAGUGUACCAUUUUAGGGGUCAAAAACAUUUGCCGGACAUACCAAAAUUUUUCGGAACUUCACACAAAUUUUCAAAAAAACACAAAAUUUACAACAAAAUUGACUGAAUUUUCGACUAAAUUGACAGAAUUUGUCCCAAUUAUUUUUAUUACAAACCAAAAUCGCCCGACUGUUGAUCGAAUAUUGCCCGACUGCCCAAAAAACUGGGGGGGGGGCUACCGCCCCCCCCCCGCCCGGUACGCCUAUGAGCAAGGUUGUUACAAGUUGUUAACAGCUUGUUCCAUACUUGCUGACAACUUGGGACAAGCAGUGCGAACACAACUUGUUGACGGCUUGUUGGCAGACUUGCUACAAGAUGCGAGAUUUUUACGCGUGUACUACAAGAAUUUUAGAAUAUGUGCCAUGAAAAAAUAUUUUUAAAACUAAUAGAACUUUCCAUUGUUAUUGAUUCUAUCAUAAUUUAUGGUUAGUAAAUUGCAAUUUGGCGUUUAGGUUCAAAAAAUAAUAACAAGUCGUUUUUUAUGCCAAAAUGAAUUUUUCCCUUUGUUCGAGACUACUACCAUGCAAUACAAAUAUUUUUUCUUUGUGGUCAUAAAAAGGUCAGUAAUCCUCAGUCAGUAAUCCUCUUUAGCCACGACCGUCGACCAUGCGCCAUUCCACGCCACCGCACAGUUUUGACAAGUUAAAUAGUUAAUUUCCUUUUUCUGUUGGUUUUUAAGACGUAUUGAAGUGGUUUAAGUUCUUACAAUUUUAAUUUGCGUGUUUUGUUAUAUAUGCAUGUGCAUGAUAGUCAGCACAUAUCAAGUUAAUAAUUAUUGGAUAAGGUUGAACGUGAUAUCGAAAAUUAUCACGGCCGAUCGGUUGUGUUAUCUGCCGAAGCCGUAGACUGAGGCAGAUAACACAAACCGAGACCUUGAUGAUUUUCAAUAUUACGCGAAAACCGAAUUAAUUCAAUAAUUAUUCAAUUAAUUCAACAAGAUUGUUUUAAUUUACUGCAAUAGUUUUACAACUUCAGAAAAGAAUCUUUUUCUCUUGAGGUUCGCUUAUCUUUUUCUCUUCAAGACACUCGUUUUAAUUCUUACAUGUAAUGAUGUCUUAGUACGUUUGUAGCUCGUUUAGUAUUUUCCGCUUCAUUUUAGUUUUUGUACAUCGCUUUCAGUUACCGAGACAAAUCUUGCCAUGGCUCAAUAUUUUCUGCAUGUAAAGAAGUUGGCUUCAAAUCCAUUUAUUGUUCAAUCUAUAUUUCUAUACUUUUACAUAAAUUACAUCAUUAUGGCAUCCGUGGAGCGAUCAACAACUGGUUUAGAUCUUAUACCUAACUGACAGAAUACAGACAACCCAAAUUAGCCAUUCCGAAAAUUGAUGAGUGGACUGGGGAGGAGUGUUAAAAAGUGGCCAAAUUAAGAAAUGAACCAAAUCACUAAAAAGACCACCUCAAAAUUAGUAAGUAUACAAAGUUUGAAGACGUUUACAUGAAUAUUCUUCGAAUAAUAAGCUUUCGAAAAUCCGAUAUUUACUAUGAAAUGUAUUGCGCGCCCCAAAAACAAUCUUUUAAUGUCAGCCAGAUUUCAUAAUUUUCGAAAGCUUAUUAUUCGAAGGUUAUUCAUGUAAACGUCUUCAAACUUUGUAUACUUACUAAUUUUGAGGUGGUAUUUUUAGUGAUUUAGUUCAUUUCUUAAUUUGGGCACUUUUUAACACUCGUCCCCAGUCCACUCAUCAACUUCGGAAUGGCAAAUUGGUGCUGUCAUAUCAUCAAAACAUACAGUUAACUUGGGUGUUCCACAAAGUUCAAUCCUUUGUUCAGUUUACUUGUUUGCUGAUGAUACGAUAAAAAAAUAAAAUCUCUAGAAACGAUUAUCAACAGAGAAUUGAUAGGAGUUUGGGGACCGGCUAAACGGAGAGUUAUGAAGUGGAGAGUUAUCUCGGAGAGUUAUGAUUUCGGAGAGUUAUGAUUUCGGAGAGUUAUGUUCGAACCACGCCCAAACCACGCCCACUUUUCCCAACGACACACCAAAUUUCUUAACUCUCUCGACGUUUCCUUGAACUAACAUGACCCGGAGAGUUAUGUUUGACGUAACUCUCUCUCGUUAACAUUAUGAAGAUGUUAGAGAGUUAUUUUUUAUAACUCUCCGCAAUGAAGAGAGUUAUGUCAGUUGAAAACAACUUCCACAUAUUAGUAAAUUUUUGUAAAUUUACUUUUUUCUCAAGUGUCAGCUUUAUCAGUUCACGCUAGUAGAAACUAAUAGUACUUUACUAACUUUAGUACUUACCAAGUUCAUCUAUAUGUAAAUGUUUAUAUACUGCUCACUUGGAUUAUCUAGCAAGACCAGCAUUCAGAUACAGCUCUCGUAUUAGAUAGAACCAGAAAACGUUUCCAACGUAAUCCCCUAUUGGCUAAUCUGGGAAAGUAUUUCCAAAACCUGAAUUGCUGAAAGAUUCAAUUUAUUAAUUUUAUUGCAACUUUGCUUACCGUAUAUAUACUGCCAAAUACACGUCAAAGGGGGUACUUUGACCCUUCUGAUGCAAGCAUCUCAUUGUUUUGACCGAGUCAAUUUGUACUAUUUCCUGUUUUGAAGCACGCUAUUGACACGCUACAAACUGAAAUACCAAAAUAUGAUAUGAAAAUCUGAAGAAACAAGCUUUACUAAAGUUUUCUCAAAAAACUGACUUAACUCUAUUCAUUGCCAUAAUCGUGAACGUGGAGAGUUAUAAAAAAUGAUAACUCUCUAACAUCUUCAUAAUAUUAACGAGAGAGAGUUACGUCAAACAUAACUCUCUCAUGUUUUAGUUCAAGGAAACGUUGGGAGAGUUAAGAAAUUGGGUGUGGUUGUUGGGGAAAGUGGGCGUGGUUUGAACAUAACACUCCGAAAUCAUAACUCUCCGAGAUAACUCUCCGGUUGGUAACUCUCCAUUUAGUCAUGCCCAGGAGUUUGUGAAUGGCUAAACACAAAUAAGUUAACCCUCAAUUCAAAGAAAUCCAACUAUGUUAUCAUUCAUCCUCACCAAAAAAGCUCGAUUAUCAAGUUAAAUUAAAAUUGUUUGACAAUCAUUCCAAUAACUUGAUUAAUACUGAAUGUAAAGAAUUUAUAAAAUAUUUAGGUGUUAUUGAGUAGAUGGUAAUCUCACAUAGAAAUACCACAUUGUCAUUGACAACAUUGCAUCUAAAAUAAGUAAAACAAUUGGCAUAAUUACAAGGUUUGGAUAUUUUGUACCUCUGUCUACCUCUAUAUAACAUAUGCUAUAACUGUUUACUCAAAACUAACUACAACAAUCACAUCCUAGCUUUGUAAAAUCAGGUGUUAAAAUUUGGAAUAGUAUUCCCACUCAUCAGUUCGAGAGUUGGGUAGAAAAUAUUUCAAUUUAAUUAAUUAACCAUAUUUGAGAUUGAGGACGAUUAUGUUGAUGUGCCCACAUUAAAUAUAUGAGUAAGCAUGGAAAAUAGUGCUUCCUUCGAAAUUAAUAGGAAAUUAAUAGGAAAUUAAUGCUUCCUUGUGAUAAUGAUGUUUUGUGCUGUCAGUAUAUUGGGCUACUUUGUACACAGUUUGUACAAACAGGAAUAAUUUCUUAUUAUAACAGAGCACAUCUUAUUUAAUUUACUAUCCGCCUCGAUCAGUUUCCGCUAUUAGCGGAUAGUAUUGUAUAUACAGAUUGUUUAUAUAUUUAUUAAUAAAAUUUGAUUUGAUUCAGUUGAUUUGAUUUUCAGUCAUGGUGCUCAGAGGCGGCAGCCGCCAUAUGUAUAUGCGCAACACUUGUAGAGUUUCUCCUAAAUCCCUAUUUCUCUAACUCUUGUAUACAUAGAAAUAAUAGAUUACCCAUACACCGUACAUUUGCAUCGCAUGAACUUAUGAUUAUAUACAUGAACUUGUAGUUAGAGCUCGACAACUGUCUCUGUCAGCUCAAGUUGGUUAAGUUGGUUAGAGCGCUGCAUCGGAACCGCAAGUUCGAUUCCUGCCAGAGGGCUCUCUCCUCCGCAGAGGUUUCAAUGAGCUUUACAUGGCGCUUACCGUAUCGAACCGCUGUGGGGAAGAGAGAGGCCAGAAGGCCUAUAUAGACUCAUUGCACUGACGUCACAAAUCCUUAGAGUGUCCUCUAGAUGCUCCCUAACAAUAUCUGUUCGGGUAUACAACAACCACAUACAGCGCAAAAAUUAACCACUUUAAUACAAAAUUAUUAUAAACCUUUACAAAAUUAGUUUUGUUUACAAAAGUUAUAUUAUGCAUAGAAUGCUAAAUUUGUCUUCCAGAUGCAUCGUCACCGGCGUUGUGACGUCAUGUGCAAUGGGUCUAUACAACCUAUAUAUAUAUAUAUAUAUACUCUACCCAGCCUAGUCCCAGUCGUUCUGAAGCAAACGCGGAUACGCGGAUGUGGUAUAAGACUGGGACCUAAGUGUGACGUCACAGCUCGCGCUGAAGCGCUCGGCACAGCACACCCAGGCAUAAAACUUAUAAAACACUUAGAGCAGCGUUCAGCGCGAGAGCCUGGGACUAGGCUGUACUCUACCCUUAGGUUCACUAAAUGCAUCAAAAUUCCGCUCGAAAUUUCCAUCUACAAAUCCCUUAAACCUCGACUACACAUUUGAUUAGUAUAGCUGGUAGUUUAUAUGUGGUAUUUUCAGUGAAAUCGUAUACGAAUUCUCAUAUGCUGUAUGGCUGUACCAAAUGAACCAAUUUGCAUGUGCGUACAUUAUGUCUCGUCACCUCGUCAGUAAUAAUCUUAGACAUGUCAAUGUUCUCCACUGACCUUGACGUUUUGACCGGCCUUGACGUCCUCAUCUCCAUUACCUCCAGCCACAAGAAAUAUUUACAAAAUCUCAAAGUGUCUGCUCGAUAAUUGCAAAACCGUCUGGCAUAUUAAAUUCGUACUGAUUUUUGAUUGCAAAUUGCGCACGCAACGACCCCUUUAAUCAUCGCUUUCCGAAGGGUUAAACUAUGUAACAACUAUGAACAUGGAAAAUCGCACGUCUUAAAAAUGCGCCUUUCUUGUUAAAGAAUGCCAGAUACCCAUUUCAAAGUAUAUUCGUUUACACUAAUUUGAGCAAAAUACACAUCUGAUACCACCAGAUUAUAUACUAGGUAGGUAAGUAAAUGGGGGUGUGCUAAUCAUCCUUGCUUGCAGCUGGGAGCUAAACUGAAUUGCGUGAAGGACGCAGCUCAACCUGAUCGAGUCGAAGGCUUACUCUAGUAAGAGCGCCUCUGGCAGCCACCUUAUGACUCAUGUCUGAUCACGGAGCACAGAUAGUGUGAAAGGGUCAGUUAGGGGGAUAAAUCCCAACCCACCCUGUCACCAUUGAGUGAAUCCAUUUACCGAGUCAAAUCCGAGUCCGAGUCAAACGCCCGAGUCACGUAAAAAAAAGACGAAAUUGAUCGAAGAAAAUUCACAGUCGAAUAGGGUUAGGAGUAUGGUUAGGGUUUGGGUACUAAGUCUUUGAACCGACAAAGACAGUUAAACAGUGACUCGGACAUUUGACUCGGUUAACUCCGCAGUAAUUGAAUAGUCACAGUCGAAUAGGGUCCUAGUACGUUAGGAGUGGGGUGAGGGUUAGGGUUAGGACUUAGGGUACUAAGCCUAGGGUUAGGGUACUAAGUCAUUGAACCACAAAUUAAACCACUAAACAGUGACUCGGACAUUUGACUCGGGCUCAGAUUUGACUCGGUUAACCGACAAACUCUGUCACCAUUCCCUGUAGGAGGAAAUCGGAGUAUCCGGAGAGAACCAACGACUUUCGAUGGAGCGUUGACUCUUUUCACAUAAGUAUCAUUAGUCCAAUGUGAGGAUCGAAAGUAAAAAUAUUGCACAAAUGCUCGCAGCGAAUUCACAAAAAAAGUCCCAACAACAAUGAUUUCAAACUCUAAUAGAUUUCAUUCUAAAAUAAUACAAGCAGCUCCAACAUAUAAAUUAUGAGGAUAUUUACAAUAAGUUAGCGUGGUAUGAAAAAGUACAUUAAAUGUUUUCUUUUAAAGUUUUUGUUAACUUGGGUUACAUUGUAUAUCUCCUUCCCGAGACGUUUUGUUGUUCUCGAGUUCUUUUAAUAUCAAUCUUUCUUGUUCCAUAAUUUCUACCGGUUUCUUGUACUGAAAGAUAGAAAAUAGUUUUGAACUACAAUCCUGGAAAAAAAAAUUAAUUACUAGACUUCUUAAAUUUUCAUACUUUAUCCCCAUCUCCCCUUAUACAAUGUUGGUAUUUAGGUGACAUGUGUUGCAAAUCCACUUUAAUUGAACCAACAUUGUUUGGGUGGGAGGGGGGGGGAUCUAAGGUAAAUAGUUGCUUUAAUUGAAAAAUGCUCAUAUUUUCAUCAUAUGUUUUCAAAUUUGGGUUUAUUUUUCGAAAAGUCUACAGAUAUUUUUUCCAAGAUUGUAGUUGUGACAGUAAUUAAUGGGGGAGGGGGGUUGUACAAAGGCCAGAUAACACCACCAGGGUGUUGGUGUAGAAAAGAGACUUAGAAAAAUAUUUCCAUGUUUAAAAAGAAGUUGUUAGGAAGAUUGCUUUGAACAUUUUGUUAACCUACGAUUACGCUAACUGGCUUUUAUACAACCGGCCCCGAAUAGUGGAUUUUUUCAAGCUUCCUAAAAUUGUCUGUUGAUUCAUGGCAUAACCCAGACUAAACUUUAGUAUUCCAGCCUCUCCCCUUGAGAAGUAAAAUUGUCUGGCAUUAGACAGAGUAAAAUAAUGAAGUAGGGCACAUCAAGGCAGCAGGCACAAUGCAACUUGAUGGGUUAAGCAGUAACAAGAUUUCCCCACAAACACCAAUAAUAAACUACUGGUUGCAACACACUGCUACCUUAAUAAUGAGUGUGUUAUUUGCAUGAGCUAUUGAAAUAGCUUUAUGAUCCAGUCGUAGAUUAUUUCUGACCAUAUCUGGAAUAUGAUAUUUCUUGUAAUACCUAUAGAAAUUAACGUAAAUUACUGUACUGUAUAUGAUUUCAUGAAUGAUAAAAAAUGAAAGAUUCAAAAGAUUUAUUUUUCAGAAGAGAAAGUAAAUUAGAAAAGAGGUUAUGAAAAGAAUAAAUGUUUGAAAAUGAGACAGAGCUAUAUUUUAAGACUGAUUUCCAUAUAGUCAUAACUGUCAUGACCAAGUUAUGGUUCCCUCAAUGGUCACCAGUGUGAAACAGCUAGUUGGGAUCUUUCUUUUAGUAAUAUUUCAAAUCCGACUACGAGGACUGGACUAGAUGUCAAGUCAGCACAAUUUGAUCAAGUCAGAGGCGAAGCUGAGGACUGAAUCGAAAUGCGAGGACUUGAAAUCUAGUCCAGUCCUCAUAGUCGGAUUUAAAAUGACAUCUCAUACGAAUACAUCAAAACUUAAAGUGAGGUGAAUUAAUUUUGAUCCAGUCCUAGGACAGGAUCAAUAAACUUCACCAGGUAUCCAGUAUUAUCAUGUCAGCAAACUAAAGCAAUAUAAUGGUUGGCUAAUUUACUCAUGAAUCAUUAAAUAAUGAGUUUGAGAUUUUUAUGUACUGUAUGGAAAUCAGUCUUCAACUGAUUAAAGAGUAAUAUCUCCAAUGCAAUGCUACUACAUUGGCCACAUUAAUACCUUGAUACCAGGCUUUAAGUAAGUGACAGACUUUAUUUAUAAGAAUUGACUAUUAAUAUUGAGUAGUUCACUUUGUGCAGAUGUGUCCAAGGUGUUCUGGAACUUCACAGGAAAAAACCCGUACUCAUUGAUACAAAACAAUGCAUUACUUUUUAUUCUUUGUCCUUAUUAUAAUAUGUGUUUUAUCCUCAUCAACAGUCACUUCGUAAACAUCAAUGCUGAAUGGCAGAUUGCGUAUUCUCCACUGAAAUGACUCCCUGGUAUCCUUCCGUACAAAUAUUGGCUGAAAGUAAAAAUAAGUGAAGAACAUUCUAGGAUUGGAUGGGUAGGUGUGCACUAGGGUUGUUAUGGUGGACACUAGGGGAUAGGUAAGGCAGAUGGCCACCACCCAAAAAAAAAAAAAUUUUUAAACAAUAAGCUUUAAACUUACAUUACUUCUACUUUCAACAAUGUAGCUAGUUUCCAUAGGACUGGGCAUCGACACAUCUUCACCAAUUUCAAAUUCCCAUUUUUUGUCAGCUCCUAAUGUAGUUCUUGAUUUCCAUUUCCGAACUGACAGAAAAAAGGUUGUUGUAAAAAUGAUGACAGGUGCUGGUAUUGUGAUACAAUUUCUGACUGGAAUUGGUGCAUAUGUUCCAUACAUAGAUAACUAAUAACAUUCUUGAAAGUUUGUUUGGCCGAAAAUGUGAUGGAUGAAUUGCAGUGAUCAAUUCUAGCCUGGAUACAAUCAAAGAUGAUAAUUUAUGCAAAAUUACAUCAUAGAAUAUGAUCACAUGUGCAGUUCAGCAGACCUAUAUAUUCCAUUUUCAAAAUAUGCCUGCAAGCAGGCAGACAGGCUAAUUAUAACAUUUCCUAUAAAUAUAGAAAGUCAACUUCUCAAUUUAAUAGAGACAGUGUAAUAUAUUUACCAAGGAGAAGACCAGAAUGAACAUCAUAUUCUUCCACGAGUUCCUUGUCAGGAAAGGUGUAGUGGAUUUUUCGUCUACCUGUUAAUUUAUUGCAUAUUGUAGUCAUAUAGUGUGUGUACAGGCACAGCACCCAAACUUGUCUUUAUUUUUUAAAAGAAGUGUGUUUGUAAUUAUUUAAGGGCAGUGUGAUAAAGUACAUAAUUAAUAUUCUAUCACAAGUACGUACCAUCUUGGACUAAGCUUGUUUUUCGUGCAUUUUUCAAGCUCUCUAACCAAAUCAUUUCUUUUGUUUUGGUCGCCAUGACAGUUUGACAGGAUACGGCCGGAUGCUGGGUCCCUACGGUAUACAUACCCUACGAAUUUUAGUCCUAUGUUGCUAAAACCCCAUAGAAUCUAUGUAAACCCCCUAACCUAACCUUACCGUAAUCCUAACCAUAAUCAUCACCUUUGUGACGUCACUUCGGGAUUAUACCAUGGAAAGUCACCCACACUCAUCCGCUUUUGUUUUGCCAUUAUUGGUAAAAAACGCCGGGAAAAUAAAGGGUCGUUUGGGAAAAUUAAUUGGUUUUCGUGAUUCUAUUUUACCAUAUUAGUCUAAUUACAAGAGGUCAUGUAGAUUGAUUCGCCCACCAAAUGCGUUGGCAUGCACGCAAUAUUGUACGGUACUUGUAUUGUAGUAAAAAAGUCCACUCAUCGGCAGUUUUUUAUUGUUUUCGAUAUGUAAAUUUUCUAGGAAAUAACUGCUUCUAAUUGGUCAGAAAUCCCACAUUGGGCGAUUUGACUUCCGGCGUACUCUUCGAGUUGUUUUGUCACGAACAGGAGCGGAAUUUAGCACUUAUAACACAAUGUUUUGUUUUCCCUCCUCGAAGACUCAUUUAGACACUGUUCUCUUGCGAUUGUAGAAGUAAAUCUUGUUCGUAAGUAUAAAGUAUGGACUUAUCUAAGAGGAAUCAGUCUUUGAAAGGAGACAUUAAAAAUGGUCCGGUUCGAAAUGGACAAAGCAAUAUGAAGUGAAUAAUAAUACAACAGAUCAAAAGUCAUCAUUUCGUAUCAUGUUAGUUGUUUUUAUUGGUUUGUUAAUGGACUUAAUGGCGUUUGCUGUAAUAUUGCCUUUGUUACCUUCGCUCUUGGAUCAUUACAGCAAAGAUGAAGAGGUCAGUUGAAUCAUAUUUAUUAUAUACGGUAUACUCUAUUUUGGAUUCGUACGUGAUAUCACAUUAUCACUAUAUUGUUUGCUACAUAUUUAGUGUUAUGUAACUUUUUUGAGAACGCUGUUUAACUAAUUAACCCUUAUCUUUUUUCAGGCAAAUAUCAAAAUAUAUGGCUUUACCCUAUUUUAAGAGCAAAUAAAGAACAUAUUAAAACAAAAGCUAUAAACAUAUCUUGUUGAAAUAUGAUACCCAACUUGAUAUAAGCGCAAAUGAUAGCACAAUUUCAUAUCAAGAUGGGCCAAUAACCUUACCUAUAUAUAGCUUUGGAAUUAUACAUAAUUAUUCUUAUGAAGCACCCAUGAGGCACAUAUGCUUCUGUUUACGGUACUUGCUGAUUGACGAAUCGUGAUGAAUAGCACUUACGCAAAAAACAAUGGAGAUGGACUUCUGUAUAGUAUUCUGUGCAUGAGGCAUCGACAUUUUUAUACUGAGUGCACCCAGCUACAUGACCUACAUGUAUAACCUAGGGCUUAGGGUAACCGCAGAUUAUUUGAAUGGAGACUAGGUGAGCACCGUACUAAUCCUGCUGUUUUCAUUAUAUUUCUCUAGGAUGGUCUUUACAAAUUCUUUCAAACCAAUGUAAAUAGAUUUAGAGAUACCUUAAGAAUACCAAAUACAGAGAGAUACAACUUUGUUUUAUUUGGAGGUAAGCAAGAAAAAUUUUCAGUCUCAGUGAUAUACAGUGAAUAAUUCCUGUAUUGUGCCUCCCAGUCUUAAACAACCCCUCCUUCCAUAGUUCUAGUAAGCCCCUUUCUAAUCAACUCCCCCCCUUAAUACUUAGCUUUUCUUUUUGGAGGAAGAAAUUUAUUAGAUGCCCCUCUCUAAAUUGUACCCCACCCCCUUCAACUAAGAAACAUCAUGUGUGUUGAUUAAAUUCAUAAAUAUGCCUGGAAUUUCAUGUUAAUUUACUGUAUUCAUUUACUAUAUUCAACCAAAUCAAUAAGCCCUGCAUCUCUAUUAUACCUGGCCUCCUCUCUAAUAAGCUAACCAUUGAUUUUGAUGCAAACACCUUAUAAGUAUAGAAUACUACUUAUAUUGUCACUUAAGACCCCACCUUUAAUUAUAUAUAAUGUCAUUUUAAUUGUCAUUUUAUUGUUUUGAAGGUUUUGUUGGGUCAUUAUUUUCAUUCCUGCAGUUUAUAGCAAGUCCUGUUAUAGGAGCAUUGUCUGAUGUGUAUGGGAGAAAGUCUAUCAUAAUUUUAUCAAUGGCAAGUGUCAAGCUAAUACCAUAUAUAAUUUGACUGCAUGCAGGUCUUUUUUCAGGAUUUUUUUUCUGGGUUCAUUUUCUCAGAGAAGAUUGAAUUUACCUAAACAGUUGUGGGGGGCAGCCCCCUCCAGGGGUUUCUAGGGGCCAGAAGCUCCACGUUUUUAGUCUUUACAUGCUUUUAGAAUGGCUAGAAAUUGCAUUGAUUCUGUGUUGUGAAACAAAUUGCAGACGUUAUGUUGGUGUUUUCUUACUUUAUUGGGUUUUGUAUCUUUUUCAAACUUCAGGUUGGUGUAAGUGUGUCCUAUGCAAUCUGGGCUUGUUCAAGAAAUUUCACAAUAUUUGUCCUAGCAAGAAUUAUCGGAGGUCUUUGUAAGGGAAAUGUGACCAUUAGUACAGCUAUUGUAACUGAUGUGACCAGCACUGUAAACAGAGGGAAAGGAAUGGUAAGGUUUACACACUCUUUGAAGAUAUCUCUUACCAUAAAUCCACAAAUAAGCCCCUGCAUUAAUCCCCUCCUCAUUUUAAAGGAAGAAAUGCUUUAACCCCCUUCUUUACUAAUUAAAGCCCCCACUCAAAUAAUCCCUUCCGUAUUUUUUAUUUAUUAUUAUUAAUCUCCUCCUGUUUAACCCCCCCCCCCCUCCCUGCCCCCACCCUUAUCCAGAAGCCUCUGAGGAUAAGGUUGGUGGCAUAAAUAUAAGCCUGUAUUGAACAAUUUGAAGAAUUAACAGUUUAUAUAUUGCUGAGUGUAUUAAGCCACUAUAAUCAUUGUUUAGAAUCACGUACAGUGUGAUAUUUAUUGCAAGUUAGUUGUAACUAUGGAAUAUUUAAACAUUCUUACUAAUUGCAACAGGCUCUCAUUGGUGUUGCAUAUUCAGUUGGUUUCAUCGUUGGUCCGGUGAUUGGAGCGAUAUUUUCUAAACAAUCAGAAUCCUCAAGUGGUACACUAUAUGUAUUGCCUGCAAUCUUCACACUGGCUGUGAUAUCUGCUGAUAUAUUGUUCUUACUGUGUUUUCUGAAAGAAACCUUACCUCAAGAUAAGAGGGUAAUGAAUGAAUGAAUUUUCUUAAGAAAGAUUACAGGCUGGCUUGGGUGGCCUCUGAGGUCAUCAGUUUGAUUCUCACGUGGCGGACUCAAGACACCUGUAUGAAAAUCAGUCAACGCGUUACCGAAAUUCUUGGGCUUACUUUUGGUACUCUGGUUUCCUCCCAUAGGGAAUGCUGACCGAUUGCGUUGGAGUAUAUCCCAAACUAACCCUUUUAUCGUACUGUAGCUACAGUACGCUCCGUGAUCAAACAUGAGACAUACACACGUAAUUGCGUAAAAACGCACAAGUUGUAACAAACCUGCAGCAGACUUGUUGCAAUGCUGUUCCAACAACUUGUCAACAGGAUGUGUUCACAUUGCUUGUUCCCAGCUUGUUGACAAGUUGUCAACGGCUUGUUGACAACUUGCUACAAGGUUGUUGAGUUCAACAGACUUGUUACAAGUUGUUCCAACAAAUUGUUAUCGUCCUGCAAUUCAACAAUUUGUCAACAAGUUGUCAGUGACAGUUGUAGCAACUUGAUAAAAUAACAGCAUUGUUACAACUUGUUGACAAGCUUGCUCCAAGCCUGUUGCGAACACAUCUUGUUGACAAGUUGGGAGACUUUUACAUGUGUAGCUGUCAUGAUUUGCACGUGAUCAUGCAGACAUAAGACGCAAUCUGGGCGCUAUAAAAAAGUGUUUUAUAGCGCCCUGACACAGUCCAGCUGAGCUGUCAUUGCUAACUAGCACACGCGGCACAUACUCACGUUAAUUAAGCUUCAUUGAUUAACUUAGUUGGGGUUUUUUCACUUGAUUAUAGGCCAAGUCCUUGACUUCUGAAAUUAAAAAUGCAGUGCAGUUCAUAAAUCCAGUUUCUUUAUUUAAAUUUGAUGCCGUAAAUCUUGCAGAAAAAUCAGGUAAAUUCAUUUGAAAAUAUUGUAAGAAGUGCAAAAUAAAUAUUUUAAUUUGUAUAUGUUUUAAAGUAUAGGGUUGUGUGUGAAACCAUAGUUAAUAUAUAUGACAUGGUUUGGCCGAAACCCUUUGUUUUAGGUGAUUGUGUAUCUUGUGCAGGGUCACGGUUGAAAAAUCCUUUGUCUUUCUAUUGUUUGACAAUAGUCAGUUCAGAAAACUUGGCGAAAGGAAUGGGUACCAAAUAUUUGUUUUAUCUACCAGGGCCAUAUCUUACGGCAUAUUUUGCAAAUAACGAAGUAUUACCACCAUUUUUCGAUGGAAAAUGUUUGUGUUACAUCGUUUGGUCAAUUCUCAUUGAUUAAAACCAAUAUGUGCAGGGUCAAACUGACUGUUCAACCUCCAUGUUUGUUUAUAGCGUAAUUUCUUUGAAGUUUGCCGGGUUUCCUAACCAGAUCUUAUAACAACCAUGGUGAAACUGCACUGCAGAAAUACUGAAAUCGUGUCAUUAAUUAUUUCUGCAGAUUUAGGCGAAGUCAAGAGAAUUAGUUUGGUCUAUUUCCUUUAUUUGUUUUUCUUUUCUGGCAUGGAGUUCACGCUGACAUUUCUUACACACAGUGUAUUUAAAUACAGCAGGUCUGUAUAACAUUAUUGCUUUCUCACAUAUAUAACUGAUCGUGGGACUUUUAAGAUCCGUUUACACUGCUGCGGUUUCUAGUGCGAUUUUCUUCUAAUGGAUGCAUGUGAACAAGUGGAUGAGCUUUGAAAGUUCAGAUGAUUGCAUUCUAAUUUCUCAAAUCUCAUUUCCGCGCUCAAACUAGAGAGAUCGAAACAUUGAAACUAUCUAUAUAUAAUGAGUGAUUUUGCAAGAAAUAAAAACGAAAGGAGGAAGGGUCGAUAAUGUAUGUUUGGAGGAACGCAAGAUAACAUAAAUUUGAAUACAAGACCGGCUCGGGAUUUCAGACAAUUACAGCAUAGUAUACUACUGUUGACUCUAUAUAUACGGAAUUCAGUACGGUAAACCUGUUUUAGUGUUUGAUUGGAAAGCAGUCACUCUUUUUCUCACAAUGAAAAGAAGAAAACGUUUGCAGUCGUAAGAAAAAUUAUAACCUUGAUAUCCACACUCCAAUAGGCAAUAAAACGAAUUUUAAGCCAAGCAUUCUAACUUCUCUUGCAGUAUGCAACAAGGCAAGAUGUUUUUUGUUAUGGGAAUUAUAAUGGCCGCUGUACAAGGUAUACUAUAUAAUGGAAAAUGUGGUAGUUGAUUUUAAGUCCAGUUUCGUAGGGUUAUAGUGUUUACACCGUCAUAUCUGUUUUUAGGAGGAUAUGUGAGAAGAAUAGCGCCCGGAGGAGAGAAAAAAUUAGCUUCACAGGUAAGCUUUAAUCACAAUAUUUCUUAGAAACUGUAUAUGAAUAUAAGCAGAUGCCACAUAUACUGUAUAAAAUCGAUAAAAUAUUGUUAACUGAUUCUUCUCAUUAUAAUUAUCUUCAUUCACAGGGAAUGUUCGCCCUCAUACCUGCCAUGUUGUUGUUGGGCUCAGCUUCUUCAACGAAACUGUUUUAUUGUGGUAUUAUUCUCUUCGCUUUCGGUAUGUAAUUUACUUUGUUCAUGUGCUCGAUGUCCCAAAAUACACCCUUACGAAAAACAGAUCGCCUUGGCUACAGACCACACAUCUGUUCUACAGUACAUAUCUUCGUUAACGUUUCCAUAUACUUAAUUAUAGGCCUUCGCUUUAAAGCCUUUCAUUAUUUACGGUCGUAAUAAAUUAUAGUUUCGCUUCGUCUGUUUCAUCCAAUGAGUAACGUAAAUAUUCCUUCAUUGGAUGAAACAGAGUGUAGUGAAAACUUUGAGUUAGGCAAAAAUGUAAAUGAUAAAAGGCCCUAAACCCAAGGUUACAAUAACGAAUGUAUGGUCCUGUUGGGUUGUAUAUAGGCAAGAUAAUGGACUUUCCAGCGAGAUGCAUGAAUGCAAUCUUUGUAAUAUUUCCCUUCGUGUCAAUCUCAGUUUUAAUCUCAAAAUCCGUCCAAUGAAGGUGGGGGUUAGUUUGUUCCACUAUCUUCGGGUUUCUUACUGUAUUCGGGUGCUCUUUAAUUCGUUAACACUGGGUUAAAAAAUAAAAUACACCAGCAAUGAUGAGGCUUUUGUGCAUAAUGUGUUAGUGAGUCUAACAUCCAUGGCUAGAAAGCAAUCCAAACAGAAGAGAGAGCUCUGAGAACACGAAUUAAAGAGCACACAAACGCGGAGAGAAAAGACGGUGAAUAUCAUUCUCAUUUCCUAUGUUUCCAACAUUUCUCCCCAGGUGCUGCGACAGUUGUUUCAGCUUUAACAACGAUUAUUUCAAAAUAUGGUAAGCUUUUGAACCAUUUCACACAAGGAAUAUUCUCGAGCCAUAAUUUAUGGUAAAACGACUGAGUAUCUUAUGUUUUCUUAGGUGACGCAACUCAGAAAGGCAAAAUAAUGGGAAUAUUUCGAUCUCUCGGUGCGCUGGCUCGUGCUACUGGUCCGUUCUUUUCUUGUGCAAGUAAGAUUAAAUAUCUCGUAGAUUGAUACUAAAUGUUCGAAGCUGCACACACACAAA